AUGGAAUCCAACUGUGCAUGCGCCGCUCCUACUCGUGGGGCCCUUAAUUCGUGCGAUUCGUUUCUCGUUGAGGCGUUGCAGCUGCUGCUGCGCAGCAGCAACUCACCCGCUGCUGCUGCUGCUGCUGCUGCUGCUGCUGCUGCUGCCUGUGCUGCUCUGCAGCUUGGGCCUGCCAGGCCCCAGGGCUCAAGCAGCUCGCAGCCAGCAGAGGUGAAGGACGCGCUGGAUUCUCUCUUUGCUGAUGCAGCAGCAGCAGCUGCUGCCGUUGCUGCUGCUCAGCAGCCAGCAGGAGCAGCAGCAGCAACAGCAGCAGCAACAGCAGCAAAUGCUGCUGCGGACAAAGGCAGCAGCAGCAACGUAAGCUUCGGAAAGGAAUGGGUGUUGGAGACUUGGGGGGCUCACUUCAGGCAGCACCUUGCCGCCCAAAGUCGUGCUGCGUCACUGCGGCCUGCUGCUGCUGCUGCUGCUGCUGCUGCUGCUGGCGCCCCUGCUGCUGCUGCUGCUGCUGCUGCUUCUGAAGGGCAGCUUGAAAGCCUUCAAGGUUUGGCUUCCGCUUUAAUGCAAGCAGCAGACAGCCUCGCGAAGCUCCGGACCCCAGCUAAGGCUGGAGCAGCGGCGCCGCACGCAGCAGCAGCAGCAGCAGCAGCAGCAGCAGCAGCAGGUGCUGCUGCUGCUGAAGCAGCAAGAGGAGACAUUCAAGGGAUGGGCUCAAGAGCUUCAGGUGUACAGACACCGAAGGCUGCCCUGAACGGCUUGGCGCUGUCUCCCGCUGCUGCUGCUGCUGCUGCUGUUGUGUAUGCGCAGUUCUGCUGCUGGUGGCUUAACCUGCUGCAUCAGCAGCAGCAGCAGCUGCUGCUGCAGCAGCACCAAUCCAGCGGCGUAGAGGGGAAGCUUCAGCGGCUCUGCCGCUUGCUGCAGCAGAUUCUUCUCGUUCUGUCUCCGCUCCAUCUGCAAGCAACUAGCAGCAGCAGCAGCAGCAGCAGCAGCAGCAGCAGCAGCAACGUCGGAGAAGUAGUGGCCUGUCCUUCAGCACUGCUUUGCAAGUGUUGGACAUUGUGCACGCAGCAGCAGCAACAGCAGCAGCAACAGCAGCAGCAGCAGCAGCAGCAGCAGCAGCAUAAGGAGAGGCCAGGUGGCCCUGGCUCUGCUGUGACGCUUUGCUACGCUCGCCGCCUUCUACGGGGACUCUGUCAGCCAGCAGCAGCAGCAGCAACAGCAAAAGAAGACACAGCAGCAGCAGCAGCAGCAGCAGCAGCAACAGCAAAAGAAGACACAGCAGCAGCAGCAGCAGCAGCAGCAGGCAUGAGCUUGGAAAAACGCAGCGCUGCAGCAGCUCUGAAGCAAUUUGCUGCCUUUACAGCCGCAGAAAUCCCUCGUGCAGCUCUGCUGCAGUCCAUCAAGCAGCAAACAGAGCAGCAGCAGCAGCAGCAGCAGCAGCAGCAGCAGCAAGACAUAUAUCUCCUGGAGGGGCCGUUGGAGCUCUGCUUCACUACGCUGCUGCAUGACAAUGUGGACAGUUUUUCAGCAGCAGGAGCAGCAGCAGCUGCUGCAGCAACAACACAAGAAGCUGAAGCAGCAGCAGCAGCAGCUGCUGCAGCAGCAACACAAGAAGCUGAAGCAACAGCAGCAGCAGCAGAAGGACUAAGUUGGGGCCUCUCUUCCCUCGGAGCCCUUAUUUGGAGGCUUCCUUGCAUGCAGCACCUGCUUUCUGACUGCCCUGUGCAGCAGCAGCAGCAGCAGCAGCAGCAGCAACAGCAGGGGCAGCAGCAGCAGCAGCAGCAGCAGCAGCAGGGGCAGCAGCGGCUCCUAUGGCGCCUGCUGCAGCUGCUGCGCGAGGAGCAGCUGCAGCAAAUGGCUGCUGUGCUUCCUCUGUCUUCAUUGUUUGUGCAGCUGCUGCUGCACAGGGGCCCUUCGAUACAGGGGGCCCCCACAAGUCCUCUGGGGGCCCCCUCAGGGGCCCCCUCAGGGGCCCCCUUGGGGGCCCCCCUAGGGGCCCCCUUGGGGGCCCCCAUGGGGAGCAGCAGCAAGGGGCCCCCAUCGGGCGAGCUGCUGCGUCCCUGCUGCCGCUUUGUGCUGCUUGGGCUGUGUCUUGAGCUGCUGAAGGAGAAAGGGGAGAAGCAAAGAGCUGCUGCGCUGCAGCUGCUGCAGUGCAUGCAGCCAGCAGCAGCAGCAGCAGCAGAAGCUGCUGCUGCUGCAGAUGCUUUGUGUAAAGCUUUUAGCUGCCUCACUCCCUUAGUUAAGACGGCCCUGCUGCGGGCGCUGCUGCAGCAGCAGCACGAACCAGCAGCGGAUGACCAGCCUGAGAAACGGCGGAGCAAGCAGCAGCAGCAGCAGCAGCAGCAGCAGCAGCAGCAGGUGGCCACUCUGACUGUCUCCAUAUCUGCUGCUGCCUCCAGCGAAUUUCCCGUGCGCAGCGCCGCCAGCUCUUUGUUGGUAGCAGCAACAAAGCGGCUCGCGGGGGCAGACGACGAGACGCAGCGGGCUUCUGCUGCAACAUUUGCCUUCUGCAGCGGCGCUGCAACGCGCAGCAGCGCGGGAGCUGGCAGCAGCCUUCUCUGGAUCGACUCCUCCAGUUUGGCUUCCCCGCAAAUGCGGCCUCUCGUGGCGAAGGCGCUGCUGGCCCUAAUGCACGCCCCCCCGCAGCAGCAGCAGCAGCAGCAGCAGCAGCAGCAGCAGCAGCAGCAGCAGCAGCAGCAGCGGCGGCGGGGGCGUGCGCUGGUCAUUCCACAGAACGCAGAGCUGCUGGUGAGGGGCCUCGCAGCCUGGGGGCCCCCUGGUGCUGCUGCUCUGGUGGCUGGCUUGAGUGUGGGGCCCCCGGGGGGCCCCGAGGAGAAGCUGCAGCAGGAAGCAGCAGCUGCUGUGCUGCUGCUGCUGACGCGCACAGACCUCACGACGCUGGCAGCAGACUUGCCUCCCCUUGAGGCCCUUUUGAGCAGCAGCAGCGACGUGGAGGCGGUCAGGGCGCAGCUCGCCGCUGCUGCUGCUGCUGCUGCCACAGACAGCUGCAGCAGCAGCAGCAGCAGCAGCAGAGCGGCACUGGCGAUGGACGAACCUGCUGCUGCUGCAACUUCGCUGCAGCAGCACGUGGGGAAGCGGACUGUACAGCCGCCAGCGGUGACCCCACCAGGGGCAGCAGCAGCAGCAGCAGCAGCAGCAGCAGCAGCAGCAGCAGCAACCACAACUGUUUGCGGGACUGAGUGGCUGCAGCUGCUGCUGCGCGCUCUUCUCUGCUGCCUCGGGUCUGUCUCCUUUGCUGCUCGGGCCCUCGCCGGCCGGGCGCUGGCGUCUUAUAUGAUUCAAAGGGCCAAGACCUGGGGAGCCAGCAGUCUGCUGGAGGCUGUCACAGCAGCAGCAGCAGCAGCAGCAGCAGCAGCAGCAGCAGCGGCGCCGCAGUGGGACGCGAACGGCCGCACCGGCUUGCUGCUGCUGGUGCUGGAGGUGCUGUCUCGCCCUGAAGCAGCAGCACUGGUGGAGGAAGGACUGGGGGGCGCGCAUGUCUGCGGCUUGUCGCAGCAGCAGCAGCAGCGGCAGCAGCAGCUGCUGCAGCAGCUACUGGAGACGGUGCUGCAGCUGCAGCAGGCGGCAGCCUCCCCCCGGCCCGCCCUCGAGCGCGUGCUGCUGCUGCAGGUGCUGCAGGCGGUUGCUGCUGCUGUUCCCAAGCAGCACAAAGAAACUGUGUGGGCUGCUGCUGCCGCCGGCAGCAGCGCAGCACUGGGCCUGUACUUUGGUAAUCAGCAAGCAGCAGAAGCAGCAGCAGCAGCAGCAGCAGCAGCAGGCAUCAGCAGCAGCAGCAGGAUGCCCCUAAUUCCCUCCAUCGGCCGCCCAGCCCUCCAGGCGGUGGCCCUCCGCCUCCUUGUCGAGUGGCACCUUAGGCCCAGACAAGCAGCAGCAGCAGCAACAGCAGCAGCAGCAUCAGCAGCAGCAGCAGCAGCAGCAGCAGCUCUGGACAACGUGGCUACGGCGCUGCGAGGCGCUUUGGCUCUCGGCGUGCACCCUCAAGCCAUACAAGAGGCCUUGUGUGCUUUGGUGGAGGCAACAGCUGCGAGCAGCAGCAGCCAGAAGCAGCAGCAGCAGCAGCAGAAGCAGCAGCAACAGCAGCAGCAGCUAAUUGGAGAAGUUGAGGAGCCAGCUGCUGCUGAACAAGGCACUGAACAACUCACGAGUGGCUUCGCUGCCCUGUGGGAUUUGUGUAUGCAUCUGCUGGUCGAUCCGUUGGCUGCUCUCGAAGCAGCAGCAGCAGCAGCAGCAGCAGCAGCAGCAGCAGCAGCAGGGCCUGAGUCGGGCGAAGACAGUGCCCAGCAGCUGUGGCGCCUUUGCUACCUAAUCCCGCUGCAGGUUGCUGCUUGCCAGGCCUUGGCCUCCCUUGCAGUAUUUGCUGCUGCGCAGCCCGCGCUUUGCUGCUUAGUUAGCUGCGCUGCUCCUGCUGCUGCUGCUGCUGCUGCUGCUGGAUCUCCAGCUUCACGGGCUGCUGCUGCUGCUGCAGCGGCAGAACAACUGCACUUCUCAGCUGGCAGCAGCAGCACCACUGCUGCUGCUGCUCGGAUGCGCCUGGGUGCUGCGCUGCUGCGCUGCUCCGCCGCCGCAGCCGCCAGAGCCGCAGCAGCAGACACAGCAGCAGCAGCCGAUACAGCAGCAGCAGCUGAUGCAGCAGCAGCAGCGGAGAUGAACGGGUUCAAAGCUUCCUCAGCAACAGCCAACGGGCCCAGCAGCAGCAGCAGCAGCAGCAGCAGCAGCAGCAAUGGCAUUAGCCCUACCACCAUUAGCAAUGGCAGCACCGGCGUCACUGCAGCUUUCGCAGCAGGAGAAGCAGCAGCAGCAGCAGCAGCAGCAGCAGCAGCAGCAGCAGCAGCAGCAGCAAAUGUCUCCACAGCACCCACUUGUUGCUUCCUACGGGCUGACAAUUCGUGGGCUGCCAGAUGGGCUGCUGUGCUGCUGCGCUGCUCGCAGCCAACGCAGGAAAUUGCUUUGCGGAUGAAAGCGGCAGAGGAUGAAGAUGUUGCAGUCAGGGAGGAAGCAGCAGCAGCAGCGUCGUCUGCUGCUGCCGGACUCCUCUCGUGCUUUCCGAGUGCAGCAGCAGCAGCAGCAGCGGCGGCGCCAGCAGCAACAGCAAAAGCAGCAGCAGCAGCAGCAGGGUCGUUUGAGCGAGAGCUGCUGCUUGCUGCAGCAGCAAGCCCCGCCUUCAGCUUAGAGCCCCACGGGUUGGAGGCAGGAGCUCUUUAUCAGCUGCUGCUGCGGAUUCUGACAAAGACUUUCCCAACAAGUGCUUGCUGCCGAUUUCUCUGGAGGCAGCUAAGGAGAGGUGGGAGCAGCGGCAGCUGCAGCAGCAGCAGCAGCAGCAGCAGCAGCAGCAGUUGUUUCAGUCCCGACGACCCAGGAAUGCACGCAGUGGAAGGGCAGCGGCAGCAGCAACAGCCGCCGCAGCAGCAGCAACAGCAGCAGCAGAGUCAACAGCACGCAGAUACUGAUGCUCAUUCUAACAGUGCUGCUGCACCUGCUGCUGCUGCUGCUGCUGCUGCUGCUUGGCAGCUGUUUGAAGAGGAGCCGACGAAUCUCUACGCAGACCCGGCUCUCAGCCUUCAGCUGGCUGCUCGCGAGCUGCUGCUGCUGCUGCUGCAGCAGCAGCAGCCGCUGCAGCAGAAGCCUGAGGGCAGGUGUCGGGGCAAUAGAGUCGCAGACUGCGACGCAGAAGCAGCAGCAGAUGCAGCAGCAGCAGCAGCAGCAGCAGCAGCAGCAGCAGCAGCGCAAGCGACUUUAGAAAUGAAUGUUAACCAAAACGUUACAUCUGCAGCUCUUGCUGCAACUCUGAGGGCAAUUCGCUGCAGAGGCGCAGCAGCAGCAGCGCUGCACGACUUGUCGUGCGCAUCUCCCGCAGCAGCAGCAGCAGCAGCAGCAGCAGGUGCUGCAGCAGCAGCAGCAGAAGGGAGCAGCAGCGGAGAACCUGCAGCAGGAUUUUGGGAUGUGCUGCUGCCUCUGCGGGACAUCGCCAGGGACAGCAGCAGCACUUUGCAGCAGCAGCUGCAGCAACUGCAGCAGCAGCAGCAACUGCUGCUGCUGCACCCAACGCAGCGGCCCCACUUUUUGUGUGCACUUCGCGCUCUGCUGUGCGUUUGGGUCAGCGCUGUGGUGGCGCUGCAGCAACUGCAGCAGCUACAGCAGCAGCAGCUGCUGCUGCAGCAGCAACAGCAGCAGCUGUUGCAGCAGCUGCAGCAAGACAAAUCUUUACUGGAGGAGCAGUUGAAGGCUAUAUAUAAGCAGCUGCAGCAGCUGUACGUACACCUCAGCGCUGCUGCUGCUCACGGCCAAUCUCCGCAGCCCCAAGUAGCAGCAGCAGCAGCAGCAGCGCUGCACUUCUUCAGUUCUGUUUUCUUUGCAGGCAGAGACACACAGCAGCAGACGGACCUGAGUCCGCCUGCUGCUGUUCCUGCUGCUGAGAAAUGUGACGCAGCAGCAGCAGCAGCAGCAGCUGCUGCUGCUGCUGCUGCUCGGUUUGCUGCCUCGUGUUUGUUUUUGCUUAAUGAAGAAGAAGCUUGA